GGGAAGUAUUCUCUUAGAAGUGCGCGGCUGAAAAAAAAAAAAAAAAAGAAAAAGAAGAAGUGCGCGGCUAUGGCGGUGGCCAGCCUCUCUCCGGCGGCUGCGCGCUGUCAGUCUACCCGGGCUGCUGUUUGUUGUCAUCGAUUUGCCAAUCUGCGCCGACUUUUUCAGUUUCCGAUCUCGACGGCCCUGUCUCGACAGGCUGAUCGAACUCCUGCGGGUUCUGCUCUGCGUCAUGGAGAUCCGAAGGAUCAACGGACUCCUCAUCCGUACUGGUAUCGGGAUGAUGACGUGGACGCUCGUGCUGCUGCUGUUGAUCGUCAGCAGCAGAGUGAGGGGACAUGUGGAGGAGGAACGGACCAGCCUCAGAUCGUUUCCACAUGGAAAUCUCCCGUAAGGUUUUCGUCUUUUUCUUCUCCUUUUUCUCCGUUUUCCUGCUCUUCCGCCCUGUCGCCUUCCUCCUCCUCGUCCUCCUCCCCCUCCUCCUCGUCCUCCUUCCCUUCUUCCUCUUCUCCCUCACCUCGUCCUUCGACCUUUCCGCCAUCGCCAUUGAUCUCUAGAGGUUCGUCUUCUUCAAUGUGUUGGUUUGCCAUCGACUCGUGCGUGCAUCCAGCUGAGGGGGUUGCAGAGCUUGUUGCUGGGGAGGAUGGAGGAGGGGGAGGGGGCGCGAGAAUCGCCGGCGCGUUGAGCUUUGCAGCGCGCUCGUGGGUGCAGCUGAUGGACCUGUCGAACUCGAUAAGAAGGAGGGAGGGGGCAGCCACGUGGUCGGAAAGGACCGGGGCAGCCAUAGCCACGCGGAGAGGAGGUUUGCAGUCAAGGAAGAAGAAGACGGAAGCGAUCGGGACAGCCACGUGGUCGAAGCGGAGAUCUUGUGGCGCUCAUAAUGCUUUGGCGGGGUUGAGGCACAUGUCAUCAGCGCUGGUUGCCGUUCCGACAAAUGGCAAGCGGGUUUUCUUCGUUGAUACAUUAGCAUUGGUGCGGCGGCUUGAAGGAGAAGGUAUGGAUGUAAAGCAAGCUGAAGCCAUCACCCAUGUGAUUACAGAAGUUCUAAAUGACAGUCUCACAAAUGCGGCGAAUACUUUUACAACGAAGAUUGAGGCAACAAAGAUUGAAAUGACCAUGGAAGCUGCAAUUGCAAAGUUCAAGGCUGAGAUUCAAAGCUCUCAGGACCACACAACCGCAACAUUGAUGCGUGAUGGAGAGAAAUUGAGGACAGAUAUUGAAAAACUUCGCAGUGAGUUGAGGUAUGAGAUUGACAAGGUCACUGCAGGGCAAAGAUUAGAUCUUAAUCUCGAGAAAGCGCGGCUGAGGGAGGAGCUCAUGAACCAGAGAGAGGAGAAUGUACAACUUGGGAAUAGACUUGACAGGGAUAUUAACACCCUGAAGACACAGCUCGAAGCUGCCAAGUAUGACCUCAUCAAGUAUAUUAUAGGAACAAUAGUCUCUGUGACUGCAGUCGGCUUAGGUUUGCUGCGCAUCUUUCUCUGAGAGUCUCAAGUCGAGAGAGAGGGAGAGAGAGAGAGAGAGACUAUGAUCUUCCGUUGUGCGCGUCGUUCUUGACAGUUGACAGGACCAACAAGCAUGUGUGCUGCUUCAUGUCAGUGUUAGUCGCGUCCAAUCCGUACGACUGCUUCCCCUCCUCCCCCCCCCCCCCCCCCCUCUCCUUACGACUUUCAUCCCGAUCUACUGUCUCCCCUUAAACACAUCGCACCCAGAUUAUGGCCGUACGGAACCGGAAAUAUAGCUUGUAUGCAUUCAUUUUCAGGGUGCGUUAUGGAUGGUAGUAAUCAUUUCCAAUCGUUAAGACUUUCAUCUCUAGCUCCUAAUCAUUUCUCGUUGACGAUUAUUACUCUGCAUUUGCAGCUGAGGUUCGUUUCGUUGUGGGUGGAAAUGCAACCAACCCCUGCGCGUACUAGUGUUCCCAGGCAACCACCUUUCGCAGAUGGCUUGCAGUUAAUGGGGGGGGAAGGGGUCAUCCACCACUCCCUGUCCACCCCUAAUUACUAAUUACUAAUUAGUCAGUUUUUUCAAGCCUUAAUCUACCCCCCCCCCUCUGGAACUACUUACCCUUUCUCAUUGCGGAUUGCGGAUUGCCGAGUGCAAGUUGCUCUGCAUUUAGCUGCAGGGUUUUUUUAUAUGAGCAGGUCCAGCAGGAAUGCACCCCCGUUCCUGUAGAUGAAACUUGCACUCUUCAACAUGGAGCUGUUCACAGAAGGUUUGGAGUUGCAUUGGUCCCUUUUUUUUUCCUAAUUAACUGUGGGGAGGGGACCCCAGCACUGGAAAAUGCGGGCUUGCCUUUCUGUCAUCGUCUUAUUGGGUUCAGAAAUGGGGGUCCAGCUGGCACUCUCCGAAAGCUACCUUGUUGCAGCUUUUUGCAGUGUGAGGUGGUCUUUCCACUAUGGGUGUUUGGUUUAAUUUGGUAGAAUUUUCUUAGUGAAUUUGUUUACAACUUAGAAAUGAGAAAGGACUUACCGUCUUUAAUUUAUUGAAUUUUAUUAUAAUGCAAUGAACUGGCAGAUUCUAGAGGCCUGUAUACUGACUACACUAGUUCUGUUAGUUUUGCUGACGGCGGGGUUUGAUCCCUGGACCUAUGCCUACUGUGACUGUUCUAAAUCUCGGCUGUGCGUGAGGCCCUACCUGGAUUCCCCCUUUGAGUCCAUAGGCCUUCUGUUUUUUCUGUCUGUCCUCUUUUCCCGAGUUCCAGUCUAGGUGCGGUGAGGCUGUAGGGCAGUUUGUCGGUCCGUCUUUGGUAGUAGCAGACCUGUAGGGAGGGAGUUGGGGCCGGAAUAAAAUGUGGAGCAACAAUUUCGUUCGGGCUCUCUUUUGCUUUUCUUUUUUCUUAUGGUCUGGGGAGGUCGCGUUUUGCUGUCUGCUGCGCUAUUCUCCCGGCACGAGGCAUCGUCGUCCGGUUGAGGUGCUGGCGGCCAUAGCUGGGGCCAGCCAGCAGCUACUUCAAGGGCAGCGCAGGGCAGCAGACCCUGAGCGCUGAGUGGCGCUUCCUUCUUCCUGUGCUUGGUUGGGGUUCGCGCAGCUGCCAUCGAUGCGGCGUCACUCGAAGCGUUCUUUGAGAUGCAGGCUUUCAUCUUCAUCGAGUUGGUGUUCUCCUUCUUCAUUCUAGAAGCUGCGCUCCUCUCUGAGCUGACACUUUGUCUGCAGAGGGAGGCUUUGUGUGUGGCGAGAGUGGUUUGUCAGGUACAGGAGGGUGGUGUGAUGAUUGGCGGGCUUGAAAGGGUGGCGGGGCAUAUGUGCGCCCGCCAUAGCUAGGAGCGUGAUCCGUUGGGAGGGAGAAGAAGUCUCCCUCUUACUUCUAUGAAACUUUGUGAAUAACUGGUCCUUGGGCAUUGACAACAUGGUUGGGUGGGAUUCUUGGGAACAGUGAGUUGAUUGGCUGGGGAGAGCAGGUUUCUAAUCAGAGAAUUGGUUACGU